GCUUAACUAUUAGAAGUUGAAGUACACUGCUCUUAGAACUGACAUCUCCCAGAACUUAUCUGAGCCAUUUAACUGAACCAUCACCAAGAAAAUGACUUUCCAAACCUACAGCUUGUUUGUUCUGUCUAUCAUCAUGAUUUAUUCUGGACGUGUUGAAAAUAGAUUAAAUCUGCUUCAACUUCAAGAUGAUAUAGACAAACUGAAAGCUGAUUUUAACUCAAGCCGUUCAGAUGUAGGUGAUGGUGGAUCUAUCUUUACGGAGAAAUUGUCAAACUGGACAGAAAGAAAUGAAAAAAGGAUCAUCCUGAGUCAGAUUGUUUCCAUGUACUUGAAAAUCCUUGAAACCACUGACAAGUCAAAGGCACAUGUCAGGAACAUAUCUGAGGAGCUCUACACUUUGAAAGAAAGCCUUUCUGAUGGCUCAAAGAAGAUGGAAUAUCUCAAGAACCUGACAGAGCUUCAGGUGAAUGACUCGAAAAUUCAACGUAAAGCUGUGAAUGAGCUCUUCAGUGUCUUACAAAAACUGGGGGAUACUACAAGUUCUUCCGGAAGAAAAAGAAGACUGGUUCAGAGGCAGUGCAAAUGCUAAUGCCAUCUUAUGUUCUUUUGUACUGA